AUGAAGAUUUUCCCCUCCCUUUUUGCCCUAGUGGCUUAUCACCUUGUCUUUACAUCUCAUAUCACUUUUGCUGCACCCACUAUCACCCAAAAGGACCGACAAGCAGCCAUCAAUGAUUUCCGGGCUGCACUCCUAGACAGUCGCUAUAACUACACAGAGGGUGAUGUCAGUGAGGCGGCCACUAGGCUAUUUGGCUGGCAAGGUUGCAGCUCUGCUCAGAGGCAAGCGAUCUACUCUGGCUGGCAGCAAUCCUGGAAGAUGAUGGACGUCGUGAAAGGGGAUAACCUGGACUGGAAUCAGGCAGCUGCUAUCGACUAUCUUGGUGACCCUUUCAACAACGAUGAAGAUCAAGCAGAGAUGAAGAAGAUCCUAGAGACUGUUGGAACAAUCAAGGGAGGCUGGAACAUUAACCCGCUUAAGUGGUGGCUUCAUGCCCGAUGCGAUGACCCUGACAACCGAUGUCCUUGCGGCGGUGUCUCCUCUACCGUUGCCUACACCACUAACAAAGACCCUGACUCAGGAUAUGCGCGUAUCAACUUUUGCCCGCGGUACUUUGGACUUGACAAUCUCGAUCAGAGAGUAAAAGAAAACAGCAAGAGAGAAUUACCUAUUUCACAUCGGGCGGAUCUCGAUAACUACAUUCAGAACAAAGGGCGCACUUGGUUCCAUGAGUUGCUCCACAUUGACUGGGCCUCUGGAGUCUUACCAGGAUGGCAUAUCAAGGAUAUUGCUGCCUACUAUACUGGCCCAGGUGACACUUUACGUCACACGGUACUCUAUGGCCCAGAGAGGACCAAAGCUCUUGCCAGAUACAAAUUCAGCCCAUCCUAUUUCAUCAGGAGAAACGCCGAUAGCUUUGCCAUGUACGCAAUGGCCAAAUACGUACAGAAGGCUAUUGGCAAGUAUCCUUUUCUCCCAUUGGCGCUGACAUUGGGUGAUGUAGAUGAUACAUCAAGUCUUUUCCUUAUUGGUGACAUGAGUAUUGAUCUCCAAGGGAAAGUAACAAUUCCUGACACUCAGGAUGAGCAUACCUGUCAGACGUCCGAUGACGAGGGCGGUCCUGGGAAGGAGCCGGACUCUGUACCAUUCAACUCAAGUGCAUGGUUUUGGGGAAACUCCGUCUAUCCUGAGGAUUAUCAACGGCAGUUCCGAGGCUGGGUAGCUGAAGCCACCCCGCGUCAAAACCGUGUCCGUAUAGUGCUGAUGCAAACGGCGAUGGGGCCGUUGUGGAUGGCCUUCCAAGACACGAUUGAGAAGCCUAUUGACGACUUUUGUGCCGCAAAGAUUCUUGCAAAAGUGCCUGCAGAGGGAGACGAAAACAAUUUGCAGUUUCCCACUGAGCUCCCAGCUUUUGACGCACACUCAGCCAAAGGAUGUGUUUACUCGGGGACUUCUGAUGUUGUGGGUGGGCUCACCUGUGAGGACGGUGCUUCGGAUAUUCGUUGCUGGGAAGAUUAUGACUGGGGUGAGAUGUCUCAUUGUGAUGGAGGAAGUUAUAUGACUGGCAUAAAGUGCGAUUGGAAGUGA